UUUCUGCAGCUCAGAUGUUCUGAAGGUGGAGCGGGCAUAAGGGAACUGGAAGAAAAGAACUGGAGGAGAACUGAAGGACAACUAGAAGAACUGGGUUCUACUGUAUGUAACAAGAAAGAGCAGAACAUAGUCUGUUUGUGGGACUGGAUGUUUCGGGUGUUUUGGACUGAAUCUGGACCCUGAUGAAGAUGCUGUGGAGCUGGAUGAUGCUGCUGAUGCUGCUGCAGGGACUCUACUGCUCAGGUGUGCUCGGAGCCCUGGAGCUCGCCUUCCUGACAGAGCCAAGGGACGUCAUCGCGGUCAGGGACUGGCCCCUGAUGCUGCACUGCCAAGUGGAGGGGGAGGGGCCUAUCAGUAUUACCUGGAGACAUAACGGAGUUCCUGUAGUGACAGGUGUCAGGGCAACGGUGCUCGAAAAUGGUACACUGCUCAUCCAGAACUUCUCUAAGAGGCGUGAAAGCAAUGAGACAGAUGCAGGAGAGUAUGACUGUGCUGCACAGAACCGCUACGGGUUGCUGAUCAGCCGCAAGGCACGGGUGCAACUAGCCUCUCUCCCAAAGUUCCUGUCACACCCACAAUCCCUGGCUGUGGAUGAAGGGGGCGUGGCCAGACUCAGCUGCCAGGUGAACGGGAUCCCUGAGGCCAACAUCACCUGGCAGAAAGACCGACACCCACUAAGCAUAGCUGACCCCAGGUACACUCUGCUUCCUAACGGCGUUCUGCAGAUCACCAGCGUCCAACGCCCUGAUAACGGCUUGUUUCGCUGCGUCGCCUCAAACAUCGCCAACACACGCUACAGCCAUGAAGCACAGCUGUCUGUCACCGUUGCAGGCUCCAAGAUCUACAAGGAGCCAGUCAUCCUGUCUGGACCUCAGAACCUCACCAUCAACGUCCACCAGACCGCCAUUUUGGAAUGCAUCGCAACAGGAAACCCCCGUCCCAUUGUGUCCUGGAGUCGCCUUGACGGCCGGUCGAUUGGAGUGGAGGGGGUCCAGGUUCUGGGAACGGGCAACCUGAUGAUAUCUGAUGCCACGCUGCAGCACUCAGGAGUGUAUGUUUGCUCGGCCAACAGGCCGGGCAGUAGGUCCAGAAGAACUGCGCUAGGACGCCUCGUAGUGCAAGCUCCUCCAGAGUUUGUGCAAUGGCCCCAGUCUGUCUCCAGGCCAGCAGGGGGCAGUGCAGUCUUGAGCUGCACAGCCACUGGUGUCCCUGAGCCACACCUCAUCUGGUUGAAAAAUGGUAAACUGCUUACUCCAAGUGGCAACGUCAAGCUCACCAAUGGAAACAUGACAUUGGCAAUCACCCGAAUCACCCCUGAAGAUGAGGCCAUCUAUCAGUGUAUCGCCGAGAACAUCGCUGGUACCAACCAGGCUAGUGCCCGCCUAGCAAUCAUCCAGGGGCCCGAACUGCCUGAGGCCCCCACCGGGCUCAGAGCUGCCACCCUGAGCUCCAACAGCCUGCAGCUCACCUGGGACCAACCAGAACCCCACACCAGCCAGCAGAUCAUCGGAUACGUCCUUCACAUCAGGAGGCUGGGAGAACCUGACGACGCCGAGCUGCAGGAGGCUGUCGACAAAAACACCUUCGUACAUGACUUCCACAACCUGGAGGCUGCCACCACCUACUCCAUCUACCUGAAAGCCUACUCUGCUCAGGGAGGAAGCCAGCAGUCCACUACCAUCACAGCCACAACGCUGGGGGGAGCUCCAAGUACUCCCAGUUUCUUCACCAAGGUCCUGAACCAGACUGCUAUGCAGGUGUACUGGGAGCUGCCCAGUAAGCCAGGGAAGGUGGAGGGCUUCAGACUGGAAUAUAGUGGAGUCUCCAACCCAGAUAUCCAGGGACAGGAGAUCUUCCCAGGACACAUCAAUACUCACACCAUCUCCCACCUGGAACCGGCAGUUGUUUAUGAGAUCCAGCUGGUGGCGUUUAAUGGGAACGGGGACAGUCCAUCCAUGCGUCGCCUGGUGUCUCUAUCAGAGGGCGGAGCGUUUGCUGAAGCUGGUCAGAAUUGUAACUGCAAUCAGUCCGACCCCUCGAUGUCCACUCUGCUGGUCGGUGUUCACAGCGGUCUCGCCUGCAUCCUCUGCUGCCUGCUCUUUGUCCUGCUGGGUUACAGACGCUCUUUUAUCUGCAGGAAGGAGGCAAGCUGGGAGGCUCCACCCACCCUGAAUGGAGUCAGAGGUCCUAAAGGUCUCGCAGCUGAAAGCAUUGAGCUGAGUCAGAGAUGUGACUCCGUCCCUCCUCCAGUGAUGGUCAUGAUCGAGUCGACUCAGCCCCUCGAGCCCGGCACAAGAACCGGAUAACUUUCUCCUCCUCACCUCCCCUCCUCUUUCUUCCCCCAGCCUCCAGCUGGUGUGGCCUCCUCCCCUCCUGACAGCCUUACCUCCACCUUCUAGAUAAGCUGAUGUCUGUAGAGUUAGAUAAUGAUGAUGAGGAGAAUGAGGAAGCUCCAGAAACCAUCUAAUUCCACUGGGGACUAAACGGUUUCCAACACAGUUCAGAUGUUCAACUGCAUUGACUCCAAUUCACCACUUUACCUCCAAACUAAAACCAAAGCUGAAUCCCUCUGAUCCAAACUCAUAGCUGGUCACAUGACCCGACCCGUCCUCGGUGGAAUCAGAUGUCACUUUCUGCUCAAACCAAAACCAUUUUACUUUAGUUUGGUGUCAUUUAAGUUUUAUCACCGACUGUGCCAAGUUUCCUGAAAUGAUGAUACCUACCACCAGUCUGACCAGAGACCUGAGCAGGUAAUUCAUCUGCUGGGCCUCUGAGGUCCAGAGCCAAAGGGAUUAAAUAGUUUCUGGUCAGCAGGUGGCAGUAGUGUUCACCUCGGAUCAGGAUGUGGAGGAUGGCAUCACUCAGCUGGAUACACCCCCCCCCCCCCCACCCCAGUACGCCUUACCAAACUGUUUUCCUCCAAAGAGCACUACCUCAGCCUCCUGUUGCUGCUCAGGCAAAGCUCAAAACCAAAAGCUCCUCUGGAGCCAACUCUAUGUUCCUAUUACAUUAUUGUUCCUCUGCUGAUGUCCUGGGUAUGGCCAUCACCAGGAAAUCACUCUGAUCUUUGAACUCUGACCUCAUCCAUCUGUAGAUUAUUGGUUUCCUCACAGGUGGAGAGCUAGAGCUGCUUCAACCAACAUCAACAUCUUCUCCAAUGUUACUUCAGAGACCAAAAACUGUUUUAGAGUCCAAAAGGACUUUUAUUGGUGGAUCUAAACCUCCUUCAAACCUCCCCUGCAGCAGAUUAUUAGUAUGACCUAAGUCAUUUAUCUGGCUCUUCAUUUAUGGUCCUUUAAAUGCCUGCAGAGUUCAACAGCUUCUAAUGAUCUUAGUUUUUAACAGGAACCAGCCUCUGACUCCAAGCAAACUUCUGCAGAACCUCAGACUUAAACUACCAUCUCCUUCUUCUCAUCACCUCGUGUUUUAAUUCUAAAUUUCCAACAGGCCCAUCAGUAAAGAAACCAGAGAAAGUGGUCAUGGUGAUUGACUUUGGAACCAGUUUAGCUCCACCCACAGCUUUAGGAACACAAACCCUGAUCUGCUUCAUCAGCUGACCAGAACAGUCUCUGAUCUGAAGGUAGAUCUGCUCCUGACAUUCCUGACCUUCAGAAAACUCUUCUAGAUGCUCCGUCAAAGAUGUUUUUGAUCUCAUUAGAGAUUCUGAACCCCAGAAACUCUAAUCUAAAAACCUUGUGAAAGCUCUGGUUGAAGAAUAGAUCUGACUGUCUUUCACCUGCUGAAACUGAUUUAGAGAAUCUUGUCUUCCUGAUCCAUCUUCACCUAAAACGAGGCUGCAGAUGUGAAACAAGAGUAUCUUCCAUUAGAUCUGAAGUCUAGGAACAAAUCCUGGACUUUACCAGACCAGAAACCUGAUCCAGAUCCCCCAGAGUCCUGUAGUCUGCAGAGUUUGGGUCCUGAAGCUUCCUGGAGAGCAUGUAGUUAGAGAAUUGAUGGGAGAAUCAUCUCUGGAGGUAGUCACGAAGAUGCUUCAGCCCUAUCUGAGAAGAUCUCUCCUCUCUAUUUUAAGUUUGGUUGUUUUAUUUUGGCGGGUGUGGUCCGUUGCUGUCUGCCAUGUUUAAAUGUUUCUGUGAUGUCUUGGUGCUGGUGAGCUUUCUGCAGCGUUUCAGCCAAAUAUUCUUUAAACCUGCUGAAUGGCGUCCAAAGAAGAAGUACUGUUCCAGAAUCUGUUUGUUUUCACUCCGAAGAACAAACAAACCAAAAGAAGUUUAGUUUAACGUUUCAGACAGUUUUUAGAGAACGGAGACAUGAGUAUAUAUUUUUAGAGAUUUAGAUGACGUGUCAGAAUGAGUUAAAAUGACCAAAUGAGUGAGUGAAACAUGUUGACCUAAAGCUCCACCAUCACAUCUUACCUCAGAUGUUUGUAUGAAGAGCCACAGAAAGUCUGAGAGUUCAUUUUGUUGGCUUAAAUGUGUUUAUAGUGAACCCUAACCCUGAGGAUAUUCACAUGCAGUACAAAAGUCUGACUAGAGAAGUGUCACAGAUUCUCAUCAAGUCUAAUAGACUGAUCGAGUGUCAUCAGGUCACAGUGUAAUUGGGUUCUUCCCUUCUCCCUAAAAAGAUCUCUGCUUAUCUCAUUCCGACUGUGAACAUAAUUUACCCCAAGACCAGCUAGAUCUCAGCUAGCGUGUUACAUCACAUUAAAAUGAUUGACAUCAACAAGUGUUUUUUUGAACCAAACAUGAUCAGUGAAUGUUCACCAAGCUGCCUCUGUGCUGAUUCUAAUUGGUAUUUUGGAUGCUUUUUCUGCCUGCUGUAGCAUGUUACUGCCACUUGGGGGCAGUCUCAGAAACAUAUGGGCAACCUGAGCUGUUUGUGUUUUUCUAAGUGAAUGAAUGGAAUGCCUCAGAUUCUGUAUCCUGGAUGAUUUUUAUAUUAUUGACGAGCUUACGUCACUCCGACUGUAAACCUGGACCGGGCCGUCGUCCAGCUCGGUUCACAUUGUUUCCUGUCCCUGAGUUUCAGAUAUGAUGCUUUAAUAAUUGAUUCACAUCCAGAUGCUCUGAAGGAUUCUUCAGACUCCCAACAGCUAAGCCUCGCCUCCUUGCUGUCCUCAGGGUCACUGCCUUCGUUUCAGCCAGAACACAUUUUAACAACGUGUUUUGUAAUUAUUCUGUUUCUAGAACUUUCUUCUUUCAGUUCAGUUUAAGUUUCCUUUGCUUCUGUUGGAGGCGAAGAGGAAAUUCUGCCAAAUUCUUCUUAUUGAUUCUUAUAUGAUAAUAAUUCCCGUAGGUCCUGGUCCCUCCCUGUUUUUACUGUGUAGUAGAAAACUGCUUUUAGAACAAAGAAAAGUUGUUCUCAGCUGGAGGUAAUGCAACCAUUUCAUGACUGGGAUUUGAAUAGCCUGAACCAGAACCAGUAGAGGUCUUCACUGUGCCUGCAGAUCCUCCAGCUGAGAAGCAGCUGUAGAAACUAUAUAGAUUGUAGAGAUUUAAGGCUAGAACCAAUGACAAAAUGCUUUAAUUAUUUCUUUUCUCUAAAAACUUAUGUUCAUUUUUGUCAGAAGACUAAAAAUAAAAGCACACUAAGCUUUAAGCGGCUUCCUGGAGUCAACAGAACAGAAAAUAAUUUUUUGCUCCCAUCCUGAAAAUGUUCAGUUUGUUAUAAAUAUUUUUUUCUGUUUUGAAUGAAUUUUCUUCGGAUUGUUUGAAUAUUUUUCUUUCUGUCGGAGAACAAAGGUUUAUUCUUGUAUCCGCUGUUUAGACACCAAAUAAAAAGGAUUCAUGUAGAAAAUGGACAGAAGUUCUGCUUUUUUCACUCUGUAACCCGGGUUAGUGUGGGUCCACUGGUUCAGCUUCUACUCCCGCACACCAUGGUCUUCCACAGAGCAUCCUGAACAUCACCUCAAACCGGUUGAUCAGUACAGAAACCUUCUUCUCAAACCCCUGGUUGCAGCUGGACCCUCACACUGAGCCAGGUUCUGGUCCUGCUGGAGGACCAGAACAAGGAUCAAACUGGACUGGAUGGAACCGACUUCAUAUUUCUGCAUAAAACCUGAAUCUGUUAGUCAAAAAAACUUUAAGACAACAUUAGUUGUAACUCAUCGCUAUACAAAACGGAAUUUAAUUAAAGUUAAUAGAAACUGAUCGAUCGGCUGCAGCCAGAUGUCUGCCUGCCUAUGACCAGUUACUCAGGUGGAUUAUGGGUAAUCUAAUGUUCUGAUAUGUCAGAUGAGUCACACCUUCAAAUCAAACUAGGAAACUGAAAUUAAAACUGCUAAAAUGGGCUCCUAGGUUAAGGCGCCGAGGUGAGCAGACAUGUUGAACAGGCGCUCCCGGCACAGUCGG